GUUUCUUACAUAAUGAACCUUGAUGACAUUUACAACUGGAUUCUCCAACAUCCCUAGAACUACCCAGGAAAACAGUAGGAAUCACAACCAAGAACAGUGCAAUCUUACAAGCCUCUUGAACCAAAAGCCUAAUUUCACAUCAUCAUCAAAGCCACUGCAGAAUACAUCAAAGAGAAAAUGCUCAGCGGAAAUGGAGUCAACAUGAAGGAGUUGGGAGCAUUUACGAUGGAAGUCAUUUCUGAUUAUGUGAAACCUCUCCAACAUUCAGGAUUCAAUAUGACUCAAGACCUAGCCAUCCAAAGAGCAGACAGAAAACAUGUCCAUUAAAUCAGACCUUGCUUUGUGCCUGACAAUGCCUUCAAAUACUUCUUGGCUCGUUACCCAGGCAAAGAGGAAAUCACCAAACCUUUGAGUCAGCAUUCGAUCUAUCAGAAAGGAUUCGGAAUGAACUUCUGUAAUGCUGGUCCAAUUGCAGCAUCAAGCUAUCUAGGCAAAGAUGUUGUGUAAUCAGUUCACACUUCGUUGAUUAAAGCCAUUCAUGAUCUGACCAGACUCGGACACGAUCUCCAUAUCGAUUUUGGAUUUCAUCAAGAUAUCAGUAUAAAAUAGAGACUUAAAAAUAUAAAUACGAUCAAUCAUUCAUUCAGAGACUCAACUAAACAGACUAUGAAUUAAAAAUGCGUAAAUCUGAUUUAGGAACAUCACAACAUUGGACAACCACCUAUUAAGAAAAGUGGUCCAAGAGCACCUUAAAUCAUUUUUCAAGAAAAUUAUGAGAAAUCUAUGGCCUUGAAGAUCAUGUCAUUAGAUUUGAAUACGGCCGAACAAACCAAUUAUAGCAAAAAGCAAAAAGUCUAAUUACCAACACUUAAUAAAUGA